AUGGUACCUGAUAAUGUUAGCGAACCCAAUUCCAAUCUUACCAUCGAAAUUAACGAAGACGACAAAUUCAUAAAAAACCUAUUCAAUUACUUCCUGGAUCAAUUCAAUAUUCAACACCAAUCGAGCGAUGUAGCUACCUUAGUAAAAAUUUAUAUCAGAAAAUCCAAAAGGAAUUUCACCGAAUUGUUCCAUCAAAUCAUUCGAAGCAGUUAUUAUCCCUAUAUUACGAGCCUGGUAGGAUUUUUCUACCGUUUUGGAAUUGGCACAUUAAUUGAUUACAAGAUGGCAUUCGAAAUGUUUUCGAUGGCAGCCAACGAGAACACGGACAUCAGGCAAAAAUUUAGAGACAAUAAUUCCUCGCCGGUGAACAUGCACACAGCAUCAAACAAGAUUUUGGGAUUCGCAGUAGAUAAGGACAUGGAAAAUCGGAAAAAGGUCAAUCUUUUACGCAAAGGAAUAAAAACCAUACUGUAUAAGCUGGUCCGAGAUGUAGACGUACCAUCUCCGCCUACACCUACUCUAAAGAAACUUCAAUUCUCAUCAACCAUCCUCAUGCACGAUACGUGGACUCGCGAGGAUUACGACCGUCGUGGGGAUCAUUCCACAUGUAAUAAGCUUACACCAUUGCUGGCUCAAAGGAUUAAGCGAGAACUAAAUGAAUACAAGAUGGCAGAGAUGGAAGUCCAUGAGGAUAGUAAAAAGAACACUCAUUUCUUUGCUUAG